ACCACUUCCAUCGCCCUCGUCAGUAUCUGUAUAGCUGUUGCUGAAGAAAGCGGCAACGCUAACUUUGCUUCGAGGUUUCAUUAAGAAAACGGCAAGAUGCCUGGUGUUUCUUCCGCUACCCUUUACAUAGCAGUGUUAUUUAUUAUUUUGGUAAUGCGGAGUAUGGGAGCAAAUGGAGCUUCAAUACCCGAUUCGGAACAAGCUAAGGGCCAGCAAGAGGCCCACAAUUCCCAGGAAACAUGCUCCUUUUUGAAAGAAUCAAAUCGAGAAGAAUGCCCUUCGUUCUGGGCAGGAAAAGAACCGCCGGUUAUUUUAAUUUCUUUAGAUGGAUUCCGUCCAGAGUAUUUAUCAAGACAGGCGCUGGAAAACGGUGAAUAUCGCGGUGAAUGGGCAGCAGCGACAAUCAAGUGCCUGGCUCAAAGUGGAAUUUCUUCGCCGUACAUGAUGCCUUCAUACCCGACCAUUACCUUCCCAAAUCAUUAUUCCAUCAUAACUGGUUUGUACCCAGAAUCACACGGAAUAAUUGGUAAUCAAUUUCACGACCCAGACCUAAAGGACAAUUUUAGCAUUUAUACGGGUGCAACCGACCCAAAGUGGUGGCAAAACGGAGAACCACUUUGGACGACAGUGAGAAAACAGGGGAAAAUUUCAGCCACUUAUUUUUGGCCGGGCUCUGACGUUACAUUCCCUGAAGAAGAACAACGUUCGCCCAAUUACUUUUUCAAAUACAAAAAAUCAACGAGCUUUGGAGAGCGUGUUAAUCAAGUUUUGAGGUGGAUGGAUCUGCCCAUCGACAAACGACCUGCGUUCACAACCCUCUACUUUGAGGAACCUGACUCGAUCGGCCAUAAAGUCGGGCCAAAUACUGCCAACGCAACCGAGAAAGUAACUAUUGUUGACCGUCAAAUUCGAAAGCUAAUCGAUGGACUGACUGAACGGAACAUAUCCAACUGUGUGAAUAUAAUCAUAGUAUCUGAUCAUGGAAUGGCUGACUCACCUCAAGGUCAGAAGCUAGUCGAUCUAGUGAAGUACGUUCCCGAUGUGGCGAACUCAACUUUGACCUUCUUGGGUCCCGUCACGUCGAUCCGCCCUUUAAAAGAUACAAAAGAAGAGGAACAGCGGAUUGGUGGUGCAUUGUCGUGCAAAGAUCCCCACAUGCGAGUUUUUAACAAGUGGGAACUGCCGUAUCGGAUGCAUUCCGUUCGGACGCGGCGUAUUCCUAACCUCAUGGUUGACAUGGACAUCAGUUGGAGAGCUGUAAUAAAGGAAGAAGCGUGGGGUAGCAGCGGAGCUCACGGCUGGGACAACCUUUAUCUGGACAUGCAGGCAAUUUUCGUGGCCCACGGCCCAGCUUUCAAGAAUAGAGAAGUCGUCCGUCCUUUCGAAAACGUUCAACUGUACAAUCUCAUGUGCCACUUGGUGAAUGUCACUCCGUCUGAAAAUAACGGGACUUGGGGAGCACUUCAUCACCUCCUGAUGGAUCCACCGAAUUUGAAUGUCGAUGCAAACGAAGAACUUUUAGAUAUGCCACCAAUUCUUCGCACAAUUGCUGAAACUAAGGAAGGGACGAAGAAACGGACCGGAUGUGCAUUGGUGAAUGGUGAAAAAAACGGGAAAACAACGCCUGAAAUAGAAAUUGAAAUAAAAAUGACAGAGGAUAGGGAAAAUGAACUGCUCAUUGUCCAUGCUCCUCUAGGAAUUCCAAUUGUAGCUUCCAGUGAACCUUCUACUGUUCCCAACGAUUCCAACGUUCUACUGAUUAACGAAGAUUACUUAACAGGAUUUGACACGGAAUCUGGAAUUCCCUUAUGGACAUCUUAUACCGUCUCGGGCAAUAUGACAAACAAUACCAACGUUGGCAAAUGGAUUGAAGAUCCGCGUCUUGAGACAAACCACACUGGAAGUUGUCAUCGUCUCAGCAGCAUCGUACAAACAAAAGAUGUUGAUUACAUGCACUUGUUUCCGAAAGAAUUUGCUAUGCAGAAAAUGGAUGCCUGGCUAGACACUAAUCUCCUUGAAGUGCCUUCUGGAAUCGCACAUUUUAUUGCGACAAUGAUACAAAUGUUAUCCGAAGCUUCAGUCUCCCGCGGUCCAUUGCACGUAAUCAGUGGCCCAACGCGUCAACAUUCGCCGUGCGUUUUCUUUGUGGUAACCGCCUGCAGGAUGAAUAACACAGCUGGCGAAUGGAAUCUCACCACUUGCCCCGUAGAACAGAGAGAUCUGCAGGCUUUUCUUCUACCUGUCCGUCAGUGGAAAUAUCAGAGUUCCUGCAUUUCUGAUCGAGAUUUUAUCGCCUACAAUGUAGCCACUCUCAAAGAUGUUGAACGAGUCACCGAUUUUCAGUUCUUCCCUGACUUACCCAUGGAGGACAAGCUCAACUUACUUGCAAGAACUACGCUUGACUCAACAUUGAUUAUUGAUCCCACAAGACAGUGAACUCUUGUUCAAUGCCGUCUUAUUCACACAAUAUUCUUGUGUUCGUAACUUGUUCAUUGCAUUUUUCAUGUCUCGUGAUUUCUCGUGAUCUAUUUGUCGAGUGCAAUACGUGUUUGGAAUGAGUCGUGUGCUGUGACAUUCUACAUUGAAGUGCAU